GUCCACCAAAAGAAUUCCAGUCAUGACACAACUAAUCAAGCAGAGGAAAAUAGUUUCCCUGGUGACUGGUUCAGUGUCGUCUGCGUUCAAUAUAGUCAAUGUCGUUGCCAUGGGUAUCAGCAAUGGGGUAACUUUGAAGGACAUCGUUGUAGCAAGUGAUGCAGCCUGUGUGGUGAAGUCCUCCUAUGGCAUGUACACGGUGGGGACUAUUGUCGAACUUGCUGUGACUGUGUUUGUUGCGCUCACUAUAUUCAUCCAAAUACUCAAGAAGGAUUUCUACUACGUCAAUCUCCUCAGUCACGCCAUUGCCUUCUUAGCUCUAGGUUCCGCAUCCAUUGUAUUCGGCGUCAAACUGAACACUCGGAUCACGUGGAACUUCUGGCUGGGACUGCUUGGCGGGGUUUUGGCCUUCGGAAACUUUCUGUACUGGUUCAGCACGCAAAUGUUCCGCCGAUACCUAAAAAGGCACCAUCCAGACGACCCAAUAUUUAACGUAGGGGGUGACGGGAACGACACUGGGAGUUACGGGGGAAAUGAAAGCGGAGGGGAAUAUAACGAUGACUAUCAAGACUGAACCCCCCUUAAUUUUAUGUCCUCAUUUUCGCAUAUAUAAA